AAACUAUACACUGUACAGAGUAUUAGGCAGUAUGCUGUAGCAGUAACCAGCUGUCAGUCCAGGUUUCUUAAAGGCCAGCCAUUGUCUGAGAAAGAAAGAUCAGAUCUAUUUUUCAGCAUGGAAGAAUAUUUGAACAUCUUGCCUGACGGCCACAGUCUGAGUCCCGUCCACGGCGGCGUGUACAAACCCUCCACUGACUCGAUGACGAAACUCGGCAUCUCAGAGCAGGAGAAGGCGAUCGACUUCAGCAUCUACUUGGACUCCGCUCUACACUACCACCAGCCGGCAGUUAACGGCGAGGAGAUCUUCAACGCGGACUUCUCAAUCAGCGAGGACGCCAAGAGCAAGCGAUCUGCUGCGGAGGCGCCCGCUUACAAGAGCUACACGUCACUGACUGAACGCGACGCCACCCGGAGCCAGUUGGGCUACCCAGAGAUUCAGGAAACGCGCCUCGACACCGUUUUCAGCCCGGAUUUCUUGGGCGCCUUCGGCAAAAGUCAGUGGCGAGGCGACGUGAACGAAGACCCUCGGAUGGACGGAUCGGGGGGCUUCGACAUGCGCGCCUACCUACAGUACCAGUCGGCGCCCAGUGGAAGCCUGGGAAACAUCUCCAACGCUUCUUCGUCGUGUUCUAGCCCGCCUGGAACGCCCGCUCCAAACAGCAAUGCCAGAUCGCCUCAAUCGGGCGGUAAAAUUCCAUCUACAGGUAAAGGCAAGAAGAAGCUGGACAAGGACAGCGAUGAGUACAGGAUGCGGCGUGAGCGCAACAACCUGGCCGUGCGUAAGAGCAGGGACAAAGCGAAAAUGCGCAAUCUGGAGACGCAACACAAGGUGCUGGAGCUGGCGGCUGAAAACGAGCGUCUGCAGAAACGUGUAGAGCAACUGUCCCGAGAGCUGGCCACGCUGCGCAACCUGCUCUCCGCCACCGGCCAGUGCUAACGCUUGCUUCAACAACCUUUCUGCAUAAGACUAAAAACAUCGGUUCCAAAGAGUUCCAUUUUUUUUGUUUGUUUGUUUUUUUUAACAAAUGAGUCAAUUUUGCCUGAAAAUGACGAACAGUUCUUUUAAAAAUGUUUACAAGAGCGAAAGAGUGUAAAGGGAACUGGCGCCUGGAUUGCGCAACACUUUCUCUCAUGCCCGAUGACUGUGUCACUCUGGUGGUGUUGUGGAAGCCCGCUCAUAUUCAUUGGUCUGUACAGUAUUUUUGUACGGGUGAAAUGUCUACUGUUUUAAUGAUACUCUGUUAUUUAAAUACCUUUUCCCCCCAUAAUCUGGGGCAGUGGCUGUCGAGGGAAGAGUUGUACUGCAGAGGUAUGAUGCAACGCAUUGUAACAGUAUUUGGCCAUGCAAUGAAGUAGUGUGCUAAAACAGAAUAAUGGUAGAAAUCUUGUAAUGUUAUAUAAUAUUUUAUUGAAUUAAAUGAUUUUUAUUUCUUUUUGA